AUGGAUAGUGGGAAUAAUAGACUGUUCCGUUUGCCUUUCCAUCUUCCUAACUCGGUUACUGCUAGGAAGUGGUGUGUAUAUAUAUCAGGUGUGUUGUAUGCCGUUGGGUUUUGGCUAUUUUUAGAUGCAGUAAUAUAUUCGAAGCAUGCUAAUGCUUCAGAUCUGCAUGUAACGUUUGUUGAUUGGAUUCCAUUUUUGUGUAGCACAUUUGGUACUAUUAUUGUGAGUUCAAUAGAAAAAAAUAGGUUACUGGAGGGUGCAUUAUCAUCAGACUCAGGUCUUGGGUAUAUUGGAGAUAGUCUAGACUCUACUCUAGCUUGGCAAGCUCGUGCGGUUUUAUUCCUUGGGUUUGCAUUACUAGCCGGUGGUAUGUCUGGAUCUGUGGUUCUCUUAAUAAUAAAAUUCAUAGUGAAGGACUAUACGUCGUAUCCAACACUAGGAAUGGGUAUUAAUAACGUUUUAGGAAACUUCUGUAUAAUUCUAAGUUGUGUCGUACUCUGGGUCGCACAAAAUAUGCAAGAUGAAUACUCAUAUUCCUUGAAUCUUUAA